UAUCAUUCAUUUACGAACGCUUGCUCUUGUCGUUGGCUAGCGAUAAAUUGGCCUUUCUUUCCCCGCGAUGCGAUUGCUGGAUGUGAAAGCCCGUUCACAUUACCGGGCGUGCUGAAUGAAUCCGCAUACCUCGCCAUCCCCGUUUCCUCGUCUAAUUGGUAGCUCCCAACCAUGACGCAUGCAACUUCAUCGACUCUUCCUUCUUUGGGCCUUCCUCCCAGCGGUCUGAGCACCGCACAAGAGCCGCACCCAGACUCUGAAGAAUUCGUACGGCACGAAAGACGCAGAGUUGCCAGCGAACUUGAUACCAUACAAUCUCCCAAUGCAUCAUUGGCCAAUCCGAGUAGAGAGCCCUCCACCACACCAAGUUAUCAACACUAUCAAGACACACGAUCCCGCGGAAGCGACCGCAAUCCGUCGACGAUAUGGCGGCGGACUGCUACCCCAAGUGCCUCUGACAUUACCACUAUUCCGGAUUCAGAGGGACCAGAAGCCAAUGACACUCGAAGAUAUAGACUGCAAAGACAAGCAACGCACUGGUAUGAUCCUGUUGUGAGAAUCUGGACCAGCCAGAUUAGCAUCACAAUUGAUGAAGGGUCGCAUCGAGAUCAUCUAGGUAAGUUAUCAAUGAGCCAAUCAAUGCUGUGGUUGUCACGAAACUGAAGCAAUCAUGCAGCCCUCGAGCGAACCUUUCUUGGAUACCUACGGACAUCUCUGAUGUUGACGAUGACUGGAGUCAUUAUAGCCCAGCUCUUUCGUGUACAUCACUCCGAAAAUCCCAAUCCUCAACUUGGCUUCUUUGUACUGGGAGUGCCUCUGGCAGCUACUUUCGUCAUCUUGGCCAUCAUUGUACUCCUUAUUGGAGCGUUCAGGUUCUGGAGACAGCAAAAUGCCUUGGUCAGGGGGAUGAUUCAUGCUGGCGGCUGGGAGAUUUCGACUAUCAUGCUUUUUAGCAUCUUGGUAAGUGAGCC